AUGGAUGUUUUGGAAAGUCCUGUAGUCUCGCCACAACCACCGCCUGCACUUCAUUUAACACGACGCUCAUCGCGCAGGCCUCGCAGUCGCAAGACAUCUGAAAGUGAAGUUGAGGUCGAGCCAUCCGCAUCCAAUUCUGAGGAAACAUUCAUUCAUUGGGAUGAACUUGCACGAUCUCAGACAAUGUAUUCACCACGAUUUGAUCAUGGCGUUGUUAGAAAGGGAAAUAGAAUUUAUUUGUUUGGGGGAGAUACUGGAAAAAUGUAUUCAACGAGUCAAUAUUUGGGAGAUUUCUUCAAAUUCGAUCUUGAAGGUGUUGAUUGUCGAAAUAUUCAUAAUGACGAAUCGAUACUAUGUGAUCCUCAACAAAAAUGGGUGGGAAUUCGGGUGAAAAGCACGGCACCUGCAGCUCGGGCCGGACACGCGAUGGUUGCUCAUCGAAAACGUAUCCAUGUUUAUGGCGGAGUUGGAGAAGCGGGAAAAUUCGACGAUUUCUGGUCGUAUGAUCCAGAUUUGAAUGUUUGGGGACGUAGAGCUCUUGGUGGGGACAUCACACCCCCUGCUCGUAGUCAUCACACAUCGUUGCUUCAUAAGAAUGCAAUGAUCGUUUAUGGAGGAAGUGCUUAUGAAGGAAAUGGAGUUGUUUGGAGUCUUGAUAUGUCAACCUUGAUUGAUUCCGCAGUUACAAAUGGUGAAGAAUUGCCUCGCUGCCGUGCAUUGCAUACAGCUGCUAUCUUUGAGGACUGUUUGUACGUUUUUGGUGGCGUUAUGAUUGACAGCAUCGCUACACCAGAUGAACUUACUGAUGAACUUUGGUGUUUCGACUUGAAUACGAUGGCGUGGACAAAUCUCACUCCCGAUCUUCCGAACCGAACAAAUUGGCCACGAAAGAGAGCCAGUCACGCUUCUGUUGUUAUUGGAAAUCAAUGGAUCAUUCAUGGAGGACGCACGCAUCAACCGUGUCCCUCCACUCCUUUCAGCACUUCAGAAUUCAAACAAAAAUCCGAGAUUGUAUUCGAAUCCCAUCCAACUCCAAGUCUUUCUUCCCUUGGAUCCCAAAUUCCUCUAGGGGAUGUCUGGGCUUUCAACUUUUCCACAAAGACUUGGGAAUGUCUUUCUAACCGAUCAAAAACUCCAUCAACUGAAUUGCCCGGAAAUUUACUUGAUCAUUUCACACUAGCAUCUCGUUGGGGUCACGAUUUAGUUGUUUGCAGAAAUACAAAGGACUCCAAGGGACAUCCAGGUAAAAGCCAGCGCAGCGUUUUUGUGACGGGAGGAGUGACCUUGGCGCCAUUGCCAUUGUACUGA